CUUUUAUUUAUUUUUUUCCUCCGCCAGUGAACAUUCUUCUCCUAAGCGUACUCUCCCUCGGGCCGUUUGUUCCGCGCAACCAAGUUAUCAACUGUUAUUAUCCCAAAUUCAUUGGCCGUGCAACCAUAUGUCCUCGCGUUCCGAAGAUUUUGAACUCAGGAUCAUCUCAUUCUUUAAAGUUGAUGUAGACAAAGAGAAGAAAAGCUGAUCCAGUUCAUUAUACUGUUUCUCAAAUGGAUCCAGACGCUGCACGCCAUGCACGGGAUUCACUGGAUCUGGUAUUUCACAUGUCGAAUAUUCUUGACACUGGGCUUGAUCGUCACACUCUAUCCGUUCUGAUUGCUCUCUGUGAAAUGGGUUUCAGCCCUGAGGCUUUGGCCGCUGUAGUUAAGGAGCUUCGCAGAGAAACACCAGCUUCUUCUUCUGCCCAAGAAACUGCUCCAUCAGCACCUUAGAAAGAUUUCUUUCAAUACUCUUAGAUUGCUGAAAGUGGGAGGUACAAUCUCAGGAGGAGCUCUUUUUUAACUCGUUUCUUUUUCCCUGUUGACUGAUGUGUAAGUUGUUUGUUGUCUUUUCCUACUUUGGCAUUAAACACAGUGUUUUACAAGUCUUGAGGUUUAUAUGGAGUGAGCCUUCUGGUUAAUCCCUUAUUAUGCAAGCUUUGUUAGUUUCUGUUUCAACUUGUUGGUAUCU